UGCGGGCUGUGGGGCUGGACCCUCCCCUGCCCCUGCCCUGCCUGAUCCCAGAGCUGCCCAUGGCUCUGAGCUAACCCAGCCCUCCAGCAGGGCAGCAUGGGAGCUGUGCCUGGCCAGGGGGCCCCAUCCCCCUCACAGGCCUUUGCACCUCGUGUCCCCAAGACCCUGAUCUGGUGGGGACAGCCACAUGGCAGGGGAGGCCCUGCACACCUGGGCCUGGCUGGCCACCAAACUGGCCGGGAGCGAGGCCCGGGACAGGCCACCGCCUCUUCCCCCCAAGUCGCUGGGGUCCCCACCUGACACCCCCCAAGCGGCAGGACGGGUGGACACAGGUGGAUGCUAUGGGGCGUGCAGGCCAGAUGAACACAGGGUUUUGGGCCCAGCCCCCUGCUUUCCUCUCUCCUCACAGCUGUGCCCGGACUAGCCCCCGAUCCCCCCUGCACUCUGCCAUUGUGUUGCCUCUCGCUUUCCCCCCAACUGCAGGGAAGCCGCUCCCCGACUGCCCUGCCCAUGCCCGGGCACACAGGCCCCAGGGCACCAACCCAGUCUGUACGGGCCUCCCGGGACGGAGCCCAGCAGCCCCCAGAACCCCCCCACACCUCAACGCUGCAGGUACCCUGGGCUCCAGAGACACGCACCGGCCAGGACUGGCCUCCCGGGUGCCUAGGGGGGUCCCCAAGGCUCUGUGCCCAUGGCGGGGGUGGCAGAGGCCACUGCGUGGAGGGCGAUCCCCCCAGAAGAUGUAAUAUCUCCUCCUUUCCCCUCCUCUCUGCGCUCCAGGGAGGCCCAGCUCCGGCCCCAUGGCUCCCUCGCUGCUUUGCGCUCCUAGGCGUCCUCUUCAGCAUCGAGGUCACGUCCACCUUCUUCGCCGUCCGCAAUUAUUGGCGGGGGUUCUUCGCCGCCACCUUCAGUGCCUUCAUCUUCCGCGUGCUCGCCGUGUGGAACAAGGACGAAGAGACCAUCACGGCUCUGUUCAAAACCCGCUUCCGGCUGGACUUCCCCUUCGACCUGCAGGAGCUGCCCGCCUUUGCUGUCAUCGGGAUUGCCAGUGGCUUCGGAGGGGCACUCUUUGUCUACUUCAACCGCAAGAUCGUCCAGUUCAUGCGCAAGCAGAAGACCAUCAACCGCUUCCUGAUGAAGAAGCGCCUGCUUUUCCCCGCGCUGGUCACUCUGCUCAUCUCCACGCUCACCUUCCCGCCUGGCUUCGGACAGUUCAUGGCCGGCCAGCUCAGCCAGAAGGACACCCUGGUGACCCUGUUUGACAACCGCACCUGGGCCAAGCAGGGCCUGGCUGAGGAGUUCGAGUACAUUGGCAUCUCUGAGGCCUGGAAGCACUCGCACGCCAACGUCUUCGUCACCCUGCUGGUUUUCAUCCUCAUGAAGUUCUGGAUGUCAGCCCUGGCCACCACCAUCCCAGUGCCCUGCGGCACCUUCAUGCCCGUCUUUGUCAUUGGUGCGGCCUUCGGUCGGCUGGUAGGAGAGAGCAUGGCAGCCUGGUUCCCGGAUGGCAUCCACACCGACAGCAACACCUACCGCAUCGUGCCGGGGGGCUACGCCGUGGUAGGAGCAGCCGCGCUCUCUGGCGCCGUGACCCACACGGUCUCCACCGCCGUGAUCGUCUUCGAGCUGACGGGCCAGAUCUCCCACAUCCUGCCCGUGAUGAUUGCCGUCAUCCUGGCCAACGCCGUGGCCCAGAGCCUGCAGCCCUCACUCUACGACAGCAUCAUCCGCAUCAAGAAGCUGCCGUACCUGCCUGAGCUGGGCUGGGGGCACCAGGAGAAGUACAACAUGCGGGUGGAGGACAUCAUGGUGCGGGACGUGCGUUACCUCACCCUGAACUGCAAGUACCGCAACCUGCAGGAGGUGCUGUGCAACACCAAGCUGAAGAGCCUGGCGCUGGUGGAGUCGGCUGAGUCCAUGAUCCUGCUGGGCUCCAUCGAGCGGGCCCAGGUGGCAGCACUGCUGAGCAGCCAGCUGGGCUACCAGCACCGCCUGCAGUACAUGCAGGAGAGGGCGCAGGCCGGGAGGAGCAGCGUCGCCGAGAAGCCCCAGGACAAGGCCGGCCACGGGGCCUCCCACCCGGGAGUGCAGUUCCAGAUCAGCACGGAGGAAUCCUCAUCGGCCCCGCCACACGGAGCGUCCCGCAAGCCCCUGAAGCCGGCACUCAAGCGAAGUCCCAGCACCUUGGAGAGCCCCACAGCCAGGAGCCCAGAUCACUCGGGCAUUGCCCUCAAGAGCCUCUUCUGCACCAGCGCUGCCAUGGAGCCUGCUGAGUCUGAGAAUUCAGCACCACCCGAAAAGCGCAAGUUGAAGCGCGUCCGCAUUUCCAUCGCGGACCAGUAUGAGCUGCCUGGCGAGAUGAGCCCCUCCGAGAUCAUGGAGUGGGAGAAGCAGCAGCUGGACCAGCCCGUGAACUUCAACAACAGCAAGAUCGACCCUGCUCCCUUCCAGCUGGUGGAGAGCACCUCCCUGCACAAGACUCACACCAUCUUCUCGCUCCUGGGCGUGGACCACGCGUAUGUGACCAGCAUUGGGCGCCUCGUUGGCAUGGUGUCCCUCAAAGAGCUGCGCAAGGCCAUCGAGGGCUCAGUCACUGCCAAGGGCGUGAAGGUCCGGCCGCCCCUGGCCAGCUUCCGGGACAGCACUGCCAGCAGCAGCGAGGUGGAGGCCGCGGACGUCCGCCAGCUGUGGGACCGGUGUCGGCGCCUCUCCAUCCCCCGCGAGUCCAGCCCCGCCGAGACGGACGAGAAGAGCCCGUGAGGGGCGGGGCCGGCGGGUAGAGCCCGCCCCGGCUGCUGAUGGACACGACAGACACCGCCAGCCCCCGCGACGGUGGCACCGGUGCCGUUGCACCUUGGAGCCUGCAGGCCUGGCACCCUGCACUGCCAGCCGGAGCCGGAGCCCCAGCAAGCCACUGCCGUCAGCCCUGCCCCCGGAGCUGCCCCGGCAGCCCCCGUGUGGUGAAGAGGAAGGGUGAACCAAGUCCAGCCCCCGGGCUCCGCAUGCGAGGUUCUCUGGGCAGCUGGCGCGGGGCUCCUGGGGGCAGAAGGCCGUAUCCAGCACCACCCCCCGCUGCCAGGGGCCCCUUGGUCCCCAAACAGCACUGAGGGCUAAUCCCCCCGCCCCCGACUCUGCAACUGUCUCACCCCCGGGCCCUCCAGCCCCAGCUCAGCCAGUGCCCCUGAAUCCUGACCCACAGCUGCUCCCCUCCCCUGGUUACACCUGCCACGGGCUCUGCCCCCCACCCAGCUCUGCCAGUGCCCCUGAAUCCCAACCCACAGCCCUCCCCCUUGGCUCGACCUGCCGGUGCUCCUCAGUCCUGAGCCGCAGGCCCCCCCCUCGCUAGUCAAUCUCCCGUCGAGUCCGUCAACCAUGCUACCUCUGGGGGUGGUUUGUGGUACGGGGCAAGGGCGCAGUGGGGAGAGGGCAGCUGGGCUUAACCGAGGCCAGAGGUGAGUUUGGCUUGGAGCCCAGGGUGAACAGCACAAGCACUUCCCCCCCAACCCCCCCAGUCUCACUGAGCCCCCCUCCCCAGCAUGGCUGCUCUUGCCUGGCCCUGGGCAGGGUCCCAGGGGCUCGGAGCCGGGGGCGGGCAGCGACCGGGUCUCUCUGGGCCUUGCGCGGGCCAGGAUGUAAAUACAGAGAUUUUUAUAUUAAUUUAAUAAAAGGACUUUAUAAAUA